GGUUGGCUUAUACUCGAGUAUACAGUAGAGUCUCACUUAUCCAAGCUAAAUGGGCUGGCAGAAGCUUGGAUAAGCGAAUAUCUUGGAUAAUAAGGAGGGAUUAAGGAAAAGCCUAUUAAACAUCAAAUUAGGUUAUGAUUUUACAAAUUAAGCAUCAAAACAUCAUGUUAUACAACAAAUCUGACAGAAAAAGUAGCUCAAUACGCAGUAAUGUUAUGUUGUAAUUACUGUAUUUAUGAAUUUAGUACCAAAAUAUCACGAUAUAUUGAAAACAUUGACUACAAAAAUGGCUUGGAUAAUCCAGAAGCUUGGAUAAGCGAGGCUUGGAUAAGUGAGACUCUACUGUAUAAGUAAUCAUCAUUGGACAGUCUUAUCUUAUUAAAAUCUUAAAUUACAGUUUUAUGUAAAUAUUCAAAAAACAUUUAACCUACUGAUGCCUCAAUUAAUGUAAUUUUAUUGUAUCUAUUUUUAUUUAUGAAAUUUACCGGUAGCUGUUGCAUUUCCCACCCUUGUCUUAUACGACUCAAUAAGCUUUCUCAGUUUUUUUGUGGUAAAAUUAGGGUCCUCGGCUUAUAUUCAAGUAUAUAUGGUAAUUUGUUCCAUUCUCAUAAGUUAUUGAGUAUAUAAUGGUUUAAACUCUGUGAGAGAGCAAAUAUUUCAUGUCGCCAAUGAUAUGCCCCCCCGCCCAAUCUGCGCCGAUACUGCUUAAGAAUUUCCAAAUGGAAACAAACCGAUAUUUACCAAGUUGUUUCCUGUUGUCUUUCAAAGACGUGUCUUUAAGAUUGGUGAAUGGAUCGAACAGAUGUGAGGGCCGUGUUGAACUUUAUUACAGAGGAGAAUGGGGAACGGUUUGUGGUGAUUACUGGGACAUGGAAGAUGCCCAGGUUGUGUGCAGGCAGUUUGGAUGUGGAGAUGCCUCUUCGGCUCCAAGACAUGCCCAUUUUGGUCAAGGAUCAGGAUCGAUCCUCCUUGAUGAUGUGGACUGUAGAGGAAAUGAGUCUCACCUGUGGGACUGCCGAAGCCUAGGGUGGCAUUCUCAUAACUGUGGCCAUGGUGAAGAUGCCAGUGUCAUCUGCACAGGUAUUUUCUAUAUAAGUGUUCCUGCUACUCCUCCACCUUCAGGUCUUCGUUUGGUGAAUGGAUCUCAUGGAUGUGAGGGCCGUGUAGAAAUCAAGAAUAGCGAUUCAGUCUGGGGGACAGUUUGUGAUGAUUCAUGGGACGUAAAAGAUGCAGAUGUUGUAUGCAAACAACUUGGUUGUGGAUAUGCUCUCAGUGCUCCAGGGUUAGCACAUUUUGGGCAAGGCUCUGGUCCCAUCGUCCUGGAUGAAGUUAAAUGUAAUGGGGAUGAAACCUACCUAUGGCAAUGCCCUAACAAUGGUUGGGGAGUUCAUAACUGUGGCCACAAUGAAGAUGCAAGUGUCAUCUGUUCAGGUAUUUCCCAGUGUUGCCAUAUGUAUCUUUUACACUACUUUAUUUUCAUAUUGAAAUAUUUGAUCACUUUGAUAUGGCAGGAUGCACGUUUGACAUAUCUUCACUUUCCCCUUUUAUUAAAACGUAUACCAACUCUCAAUCUAUAUGCACUUUCUUCAACCAGAGGUCUUCGAUUGGUGAAUGGAUCUCAUGGAUGUGAGGGCCGUGUAGAAAUCAAUUAUAGUAAUUCAGUCUCGGGGACAGUUUGUGAUGACUCGUGGGACUUAAAUGAUGCAGAUGUUGUAUGCAAACAACUUGGAUGUGGAUAUGCUGUCGGUGCUCCAGUGUCAGCAUAUUUUGGGCAAGGCUCUGGUCCCAUCGUCCUGGAUGAAGUUAGAUGUAGUGGGAGUGAAGCUUACAUAUGGCAAUGCCAUAACAAUGGUUGGGGAGUUCAUAACUGUGGCCACAAUGAAGAUGCAGGUGUCAUCUGUUCAGGUAUUUCCCUGUUUUGUCAUAUGUAUCUUUUAAACUUCUUUAUAUUCAUAUUGAAAUACUUGAUCACUCUGAUAUAUGCACUUCCUACAAGCAGAGGUCUUCAAUUGGUGAAUGGAUCCCAUGGAUGUGAGGGUCGUGUAGAAAUCAAUUAUAGUAAUUCAGUCUGGGGGACAGUUUGUGAUGAUUCAUGGGACUUAAAUGAUGCAGAUGUUGUAUGCAGACAACUUGGAUGUGGAUAUGCUCUCAGUGCUCCAGGGUCAGCAUAUUUUGGGCAAGGCUCUGGUCUCAUCGUCCUGGAUGACGUUAGAUGUAGUGGGAGUGAAGCUUACCUAUGGCAAUGCCGUAACAAUGGUUGGGGAGUUCAUAACUGUGGCCACAAUGAAGAUGCAAGUGUCAUCUGUUCAGGUGCACUUUCUACAACCAGAGAGCCUUCUCGUUCAACACCUGCAGGAAAUUACUCUUGUGGUGGUGAACUUCCAAUUCCAUCAGGGUACUUCAGUUCUCCCUUCUAUCCUGGAUAUUAUCCAAACAACCUAAAUUGUACAUGGACAAUUAGAACUUGGAACAAUUACCGCAUCAACCUCACAUUUUCAAGCAUUCAAACUGAAUGUGGACCCGAUUAUGUGGAGAUCUAUGAUGGCAAUCUCGACUCAAAACUCCUUGGGCGCUAUUGUUCUGGUUCUUUCCUAACAUUUACUUCAACAUCAAAUGUUCUCACAGUGAGGUUUCAUACUGAUUCCUCAGUAACAUCCAGAGGCUUUGAUGCUUACUACUCCUCAUUUUAUUACCACCUUGAUCUCCAGUUGGUGAAUGGAAAUCAUCGCUGUGAGGGGCGUGUUGAAAUUCGUAACUCUGUUUCCACAUGGGGGACAGUCUGUGAUGAUUUAUGGGACUUAACUGAUGCAGAGGUUGUGUGCAGACAACUUGGAUGUGGAUAUGCUGUCAGUGCACCGGGGUCAGCACAUUUUGGGCAAGGCUCUGGUCCCAUUCUCCUGGAUGAUGUUAGAUGUAGUGGGAAUGAAUCCUACCUAUGGGAUUGCCCUAACAAUGGCUGGGGAGUCCAUAACUGUGGCCACGGUGAAGAUGCAGGUGUCAUAUGCUCAGGUGCACUCAAUACAACAACAGGUCUCCGAUUGGUGAAUGGAAGUCAUCGCUGUGAGGGACGUGUUGAAAUCCAUAACUCUAAUUUCACGUGGGGGACAGUCUGUGAUGAUUUAUGGGACUUAACUGAUGCAGAUGUUGUGUGCAGACAACUUGGAUGUGGAUAUGCUGUCAGUGCUCCAGGAUCAGCAUAUUUUGGGAAAGGCUCUGGUCCCAUUUUUCUGGAUGAUGUUAGAUGUAAUGGGAGUGAACCUUACUUAUGGGAAUGCCCUAACAAUGGCUGGGGAGUUCAUAACUGUGGCCAUCAUGAAGAUGCAAGUGCCAUCUGUUCAGGUACACAUUUUACAACCAGAGCGCCUUCUCGUCCAACACCUACAGGAAAUUACUCUUGUGGUGGUGAACUUCCAAUUUCAUCAGGGUCCUUCAGUUCUCCCUUCUAUCCUGGAUAUUAUCCAAACAACUUAAAUUGUACAUGGACAAUUAGAACUUGGAACAAUUACCGCAUCAACCUCACAUUUUCAAGCAUUCAAACUGAAUGUGGACCCGAUUAUGUGGAGAUCUAUGAUGGCAAUCUCGACUCAAAACUCCUUGGGCGCUAUUGUUCUGGUUCUUUCCUAACAUUUACUUCAACAUCAAAUGUUCUCACAGUGAGGUUUCAUACUGAUUCCUCAGUAACAUCCAGAGGCUUUGAUGCUUACUACUCCUCAUUUUAUUACCACCUUGAUCUCCAGUUGGUGAAUGGAAAUCAUCGCUGUGAGGGGCGUGUUGAAAUUCGUAACUCUGUUUCCACAUGGGGGACAGUCUGUGAUGAUUUAUGGGACUUAACUGAUGCAGAGGUUGUGUGCAGACAACUUGGAUGUGGAUAUGCUGUCAGUGCACCGGGGUCAGCACAUUUUGGGCAAGGCUCUGGUCCCAUUCUCCUGGAUGAUGUUAGAUGUAGUGGGAAUGAAUCCUACCUAUGGGAUUGCCCUAACAAUGGCUGGGGAGUCCAUAACUGUGGCCACGGUGAAGAUGCAGGUGUCAUAUGCUCAGGUGCACUCAAUACAACAACAGGUCUCCAAUUGGUGAAUGGAAGUCAUCGCUGUGAGGGACGUGUUGAAAUCCAUAACUCUAAUUUCACGUGGGGGACAGUCUGUGAUGAUUUAUGGGACUUAACUGAUGCAGAUGUUGUGUGCAGACAACUUGGAUGUGGAUAUGCUGUCAGUGCUCCAGGAUCAGCAUAUUUUGGGCAAGGCUCUGGUCCCAUUUUUCUGGAUGAUGUUAGAUGUAAUGGGAGUGAACCUUACUUAUGGGAAUGCCCUAACAAUGGCUGGGGAGUUCAUAACUGUGGCCAUCAUGAAGAUGCAAGUGCCAUCUGUUCAGGUACACAUUUUACAACCAGAGCACCUUCUCGUCCAACACCUACAGGAAAUUACUCUUGUGGUGGUGAACUUCCAAUUUCAUCAGGGUCCUUCAGUUCUCCCUUCUAUCCUGGAUAUUAUCCAAACAACUUAAAUUGUACAUGGACAAUUAGAACUUGGAACAAUUACCGCAUCAACCUCACAUUUUCAAGCAUUCAAACUGAAUGUGGACCCGAUUAUGUGGAGAUCUAUGAUGGCAAUCUCGACUCAAAACUCCUUGGGCGCUAUUGUUCUGGUUCUUUCCUAACAUUUACUUCAACAUCAAAUGUUCUCACAGUGAGGUUUCAUACUGAUUCCUCAGUAACAUCCAGAGGCUUUGAUGCUUACUACUCCUCAUUUUAUUACUACCUUGAUCUCCAGUUGGUGAAUGGAAAUCAUCGCUGUGAGGGGCGUGUUGAAAUUCGUAACUCUGUUUCCACAUGGGGGACAGUCUGUGAUGAUUUAUGGGACUUAACUGAUGCAGAUGUUGUGUGCAGACAACUUGGAUGUGGAUAUGCUGUCAGUGCACCGGGGUCAGCAUAUUUUGGGCAAGGCUCUGGUCCCAUUCUCCUGGAUGAUGUUAGAUGUAGUGGGAAUGAAUCCUACCUAUGGGAAUGCCCUAACAGUGGCUGGGGAGUACAUAACUGUGGCCAUGGUGAAGAUGCAGGUGUCAUCUGCUCAGGUACACCCAGUACAACAGCAGGACCAGCUUUUCCAGCUACUACAUCAUCAAUAGGCAACUCCACUUGUGGUGGUCUGCUUCCAUACUCAUCUGGGUCAUUCUCUUCUCCCUUGUAUCCUGGAAAUUAUCCAAACAAUGCAGAUUGCAUAUGGACAAUAAGAUCUUGGAGUGGUUCACAAAUCCAGCUCACAUUUAGAAGUAUUCAAACAGAAUGCAGAUUUGAUUACGUUGAGGUUUAUGAUGGAGACCUCUAUUCACGUGUCCUUGGAAGAUAUUGUUCAGGUUCCUAUGUUACAUUGAUUUCUACAUCAAAUCUCCUCACAAUUCUGUUUCACAGUGAUGUUUCAGUAACAUAUCCCGGUUUUUCUGCCUUUUACCAUUCAUUUUAUGGCACAACUGCAUGGCCAACUCCGACAUUUCCAUGGUGGCCAACAACGACAACUUCACCAACAAACUAUUCCUGUGGUGGUUUCCUUGGACAUCAAUCUGGGACUAUUCAAAGUCCAUUUUAUCCUUCCAACUACCCAAAUAAUGCUGACUGUACAUGGCAAAUACAAGUUGAAAGCAAUUCCCGAAUAACACUUACAUUCCAAAAUUUGCAACUACAGGUAUGUGAUAGAUAUAGAUGCCCAUGUGAUUCUGUAGAAGUCUAUGAUGGACCACCCCAUAGUUCUCCACUGCUUGGGAGGAUAUGUUACAACUCCUAUCAUACAUUUACAUCAACCUCUAACAUGAUGAGUGUGAGAUUCCGCAGUGACAAUAGUGUCACUGCAUCAGGGUUUUUUGCCAACUAUUACACCAUCCCAGCAGAUCAAAAUACAAGUCUUCUCUGUUUAUCAGAAUAUAUGCAAGCAAUCAUUAGUAGGAGAUAUCUGAGUACCGCAGGCUACUCUCCAUGGGAUGUCAGUUUGAUAGACUCUUCCUGCAGACCAAAGAUCACACUAUCUUACGUAAUAUUCAACAUACCAUACAAUGGCUGCUUCACCCGAAGAAAUGUUGAUGCUGACACAAUUAUUUAUUCAAACCUGAUCACAGUGUCUGCUGCAGGCAAUGGCGCCAUAAUUAAAAGGAAAAAGGACCUUCACUUGCAAGUCAACUGCAAGAUGCUGCAACACACUUGGAUAGAAACCAUGUACAUUGCUCGCGACAUUGAUUUAGUUAAUGAAACUCAGUACGGCCUAUAUAGUGUCAACCUUACAUUUUUUGACUCACCAUACUUCUUGUAUCCAGUGUAUGACACACCUUAUAGAGUGUCAUUGGGACAGACUUUAUACCUGCAAAUUGUUCUUCAUAACUCUGACACAGAUCUGCAGUUAUUUUUGGACACAUGUAAAGCAUCACCCUCUUAUGAUGAUUUUACAACUUUGACCUAUCCUAUCAUCGAGAAUGGCUGUAUUAAAGAUGGGACCUAUGAGACAUACGGUUCACCAAAUAGCCGGACACUUCGGUUCUCCUUCCAAGCCUUUGAUUUCAUCCGUAGAAAUCCAUCGGUUUACCUGCAGUGUGAAGUGGUGGUUUGCAGAGCCUAUGAUUAUAGCUCCCGAUGCAGUCGGGGUUGUAUUCAUGUGCCUCGAUCUAAGAGAGAUACAGGCUCUUAUGAAGAAAAAGUCGAUGUCGUUAUUGGGCCAAUUGAACUUCAACCGAAUGGCAUUCAGAGCAGAAAUAUUGAGACAGAUCAAAAGCUACCAGAAAAUAUGGAAGCCCACCAUUCCCAUGCACCAUACAUAGUUGCUGCUGUCGUCCUUUCAGUUGCUGUCCUAACUCUUGCAGGAUUUGUUUUGAAAAAUAAAUGGAGAAGACCAAUCCCCUACGAGAUCAUGGAGAGGAGUAAUGGAACCAUCACCCACUCCAACAUCAUCAUGACAUCAGCCAGUGGUGAUAUUAUUACAAGAGAGAAGAACUUUCAAUUUCACAUGGUUUGUGAAAUGAAUGAGAACGCCAUUGUAGAAACAAUGUUUAUUAGCCACAAUUCUGUUGACAUUACUGAAAUUCAUCGUGGCAGUUACCAUGUGACAUUUAAUUUCUAUGAAUCACCGUCUUUCUCCAACGAAGUUCAUAGUUCUCCAUACUAUGUUUCGAUUAAUCAAGAGUUAUACUUUCAAGCUACUCUUAGUAGUCCUGAUCCAAACCUGGUACUAUUUGUGGACACAUGUAUAGCAUCCCCUUAUGCUCAUGACUUCAGAACAUUGACCUAUGACUUAAUCAGAAGUGGAUUAGACUGUGAUCGUGAAUAUAUUAGCAUAUAUAAUGGAGAGGCACAUCGUUCAAGACUCCUUGGAAAGAUAUGCAGUGGUUCCAGUCGGACAUUUGUUUCAUUUUCAGGCACUAUGUCAGUUUUGCUACACAGAAACUCUGACUUCACCGGUCCAGGAUUUUUUGCCUACUAUGAUAUAGGAGCACUUUCGUGUUCUGGAGACUUCAUGAGUGCGCACAUCAGCAGACACUAUCUUCAGUUAAAAGGCUAUAAUGCAUGGGAAGUAUAUCUAAAUUCAUCAGACUCCCGCUGUAGACCUCAGAUUACACGUGAAUAUGUUGUCUUCAACAUACCAUACAGUGGUUGUGGCACUAAAAGACAAGAGAGCAAUAAUGAUACCAUUGUUUACUCCAACAACAUCAAGACAUCACCCUUUGAUGAAGAUAAUAUUAUUACAAGAAAGACAGACAUGAUAUUUCACAUCAAAUGUGAAAUGAAUGAGAACAUCAUGGUAGAAACAAUGUUUGUUGUCAAAAAUUCUGUUGACAUUACUGAAAAACAUCACGGCCAUUAUGAAAUGACUCUUGGAUGCUAUGAGUCGGCAUCUUUCUCCCAUAAAGUUUAUGGCUUUCCCUACUAUGUUUCAAUGGAUCAGGAGUUAUUCUUUGAAGUUAUUCUCAACAAUUCCGAUCCAAACCUUAUACUGUUUUUAGACACAUGCAAAGCAUCUCCAUACGCUCAUGACUUUGAAAAUUUGACCUAUCCCUUAAUUGAACAUGGGUGUGUACGAGAUUCUACCUACAAAAAUCUGCCUUCACCAAACAAGAAUACAGCUCGCUUCAGUUUCAAUUCCUUUAAGUUUGUCGACCAACACAAUGAAAUUUUUUUGCAAUGCAAGCUGGUUGUAUGCAUGGCAAAUGAUUACUCUUCCCGGUGCUAUCAGGGGUGCUUAAGCAGAAAAAAGAGGAACGUAGAUGAAGAUCAGAGCAAAGUGGAUGUUGUUGUGGGACCAUUCAAGCUACAGGAAAAAUUUCAAGAAGACAAAAGACAGGGAAGUGCAGUCACAAAGACCUUCAGAAGCACAGAAAUGGAAGGACAAGAUGGGUGGGUCAGUGACGCCAUUCCUACCACACCAAAUGUUAUUUUGGCCCCCAAUCGCACCACUUCUGAUGUCAGAGGAGAAAUGGGCACCUUUAAACUUUUAUUUUGGAUGCUGCUUGUACAUUCUGCACUCCAACAGGAACCAGGUGCACAGGAGUUGCGUUUAGUAAAUGCAUGGAACAGAUGCGUUGGGAGAGUGGAGAUAUUUUAUAAUGGCACUUGGGGAACUGUUUGUGAUGACGACUUCUAUAUGAAGAGUGCAAAUGUAGUGUGCAGACAGCUUGGAUGUGGAGAGGCAAGCACAGUUCUGGGAUGGUCUUAUUUUGGCCAAGGAUCUGGAAAUAUACUGAAUGGCUCGAAUUGUACAGGAAGUGAACUCAGUCUCCAAGAUUGUUUGCCCGCCGAGUGGUUAGCUACUGACUGCGGACACAACGAAGAUGUCAGUGUCAUUUGUUCAGAUUCUAAGUUUCUUCCAACAGCCACGUAUGCUACUGAAACACCAACUCCAGCCCUUAUCCCUACAUCUGAGGAAGCUUCCACAUCUUACACAACACUUAAAGCUGAAGGAACUUUUGAAACUACCCACACAUCAAACGACAAUGAAACAAUAGCUACAACUGAAGCAUCCCAAAUGUCUUUUGGAAGUACAGAAGGAUCCAUGGUCACCACUGCAGUAAACAAGAAUGAAGAAACAAAUACUCCAGGCUUGUCAACAAUCUCAGCAGCAUCAGACACAAUUAAUCCAUCAACUGCGUACGAAAUCCCUCAAUCAUCUACAGAAAAGACUGUUGCAACUGGCCCACCAUCUACUACCGAAACACCGGUUACAACUGAAAGACUUCAGGUCUCAACUGAGAAGAGUAUAAUAACAGAUCUUAAAAAUAAUUCGGAAUUUCCUCAAUCUUCUACAGCAAAGAGUGUUACUGUUGAGCUUUCUCCACUGGAAACAACAGCAAGGCCUUUGCUCCCAAGACUAAUGGAUGGGGAGAACAGUUGUGAAGGUCGGGUUGAAGUCUAUUACAGUGGGAGCUGGGGCACAGUCUGCGAUGAUGGUUGGGACUUAGUCGAUGCCCAGGUUGUGUGCAGGCUACUUGGCUGUGGAAAUGCCAUUGAAGCGCCAAUAAGUGCCGAAUUUGGUGAAGGCUCUGGUAACAUUCACAUGAAUAAUGUCAAUUGCCAAGGGAAUGAAUCAUCACUUGAAGAUUGUUCCCAUGAUGGAUGGGGAGUUCAUAAUUGUCACCACAAGGAAGAUGCCAGCGUUAUCUGCUCAGGCCCGCCAACUACUACAGAAACACCAGUUACAACUGAAAGACUUCAAGUUUCAACUGAGAAGAGUAUUACAACAGAGUUUUCUCCAUUGGAAACAACAGCAAGUUAUUUGCCCCCAAGACUAAUGGAUGGGGAGAACAAUUGUGAAGGUCGAGUUGAAGUCUAUCACAACGGCCACUGGGGUACGGUCUGCGAUGAUGGUUGGGACUUAGUCGAUGCCCAGGUUGUGUGCAGGCAACUUGCCUGUGGAAAUGCCAUUGAAGCUCCAAUAAGUGCCGAAUUUGGUGAAGGCUCUGGUAACAUCCACAUGAAUAAUGUCAAUUGCCAAGGGAAUGAAUCAUCACUUGAAGAUUGUUCCCAUGAUGGAUGGGGAGUUCAUAAUUGUCACCAUAAAGAAGAUGCCAGUGUUAUCUGCUCAGAGCUUUCUCCACUGGAAACAACAGCAAGUCCUUUGCUCCCAAGACUAAUGGAUGGGGAGAACAGUUGUGAAGGUCGGGUUGAAGUCUAUUACAGUGGAAGCUGGGGCACAGUCUGCGAUGAUGGUUGGGACUUAGACGAUGCCCAGGUUGUGUGCAGGCAACUUGGCUGUGGAAAUGCCAUUGAAGCGCCAAUAAGUGCUGAAUUUGGUGAAGGCUCUGGUAACAUCCACAUGAAUAAUGUCAAUUGCCAAGGGAAUGAAUCAUCACUUGAAGAUUGUUCCCAUGAUGGAUGGGGAGUUCAUAAUUGUCACCACAAAGAAGAUGCCAGUGUUAUCUGCUCAGGCCUACCAGCUACUACAGAAACACCAAUUACAACUGAAAGACUUCAAGUCUCAACUGAGAAGAGUAUUACAACAGAAACUAUCCUAUCAACUACAAAGCAGGAUCAUCUUUUUUCUGAAAUCUUCCCAUCUACUACACAGCAGAAUUUUCUUUCUUCUGAAACUCUUCCAUCAAGUACUGAAAAUGUUAUUACAUCUCGAACAAUUUCCCCUACUACAGAGAAUCCCAUUAUAACUACUCCAAAAGAAAAUACAACACGCAAAGCACCAGGCACAUCAAUCCCUUUGUCUAGCACUCUGAAAUCCAGUACUUCUGGAAAUGGUUCCUGCGGUGGACGCCUUUCUGGACCUUAUGGUUCAUUUUCUACUCCAUUGUAUCCUUCAAAAUACCCUAGCAAUUCAUUGUGUAUCUGGGACAUACAAGUAACAGAAAAUCGUCAAGUUGAACUCCGGUUUGAAGAUUUUCGAUUGGAAAUUACAAGCCGCUGCCUUUUUGAUUUUGUAGAAAUUUUGGAUGGCUUUUCAUCCACAUCACCUUCUCUUGAGAAGACAUGUCACAAGACAACAAAGUUAUACGUCUCAUCAUCAAACAAAAUGCGAGUUGUAUUUUCAAGCGAUUCUAGUGUCAAUGAUAUAGGUUUUCAUGCUGUCUAUCAUGAGAUUCUUCCAACGAAUGCUGUCACAACAAAACCAGUCUGGGGUGUGAAAACUACUAUUUCAAGUGGAAAUUCAAAGCGGCUUGUCAAUGGAAGAAACAGAUGUGAAGGGCGACUUGAAGUGUUUCACCAAGGAAACUGGGGGACAGUCUGUGAUGAUGACUGGGACAUGAAUGAUGCUCAGGUUGUGUGCAGGGAGCUUGGAUGUGGAAUUGCUCUCGCGGCACUGGAAAAGGCUCAGCAUGGUCAGGGCUCAGGCCCUAUUCAUAUGGAUGGUGUAAAAUGUGCUGGGAAUGAAAAAAGACUGGAACACUGCUUUCACAGAGGCUGGGGAGUGCACAAUUGUAUCCAUAGAGAAGAUGCUGGUGUCAUCUGUUCAGGACCAGCCCCGAACACUCCUCCUCCUUCAACAAGACCACCUGUUCGCUUCCAAACUACUCCUUUAGCUGAUGGGGCUGUGAAACUAGCCAAUGGAAAGCACGAGUGUGAGGGACGAGUGGAGGUGUUUUACAAAGGAAAAUGGGGAACAGUCUGCGAUGAUGAAUGGGGCAUGAACCAUGCACAGGUUGUUUGCCGGCAGCUUGGAUGUGGAGCAGCUCUCUCAGCACCCGGAAGUGCUCAAUUUGGUCAGGGUUCAGUCCCAAUUCUAAUGGAUGAUACAAAAUGCAACGGGAGUGAGGUCAGCUUAAAGCAGUGCUCCCAUAAAGGUUGGGGAAUACAUAACUGUGUUCACAAUGAAGAUGCUGGUGUCAUCUGCUCAGGUAUGGCCAAGAUGGCCACUACUGCAGGUAGUACCAAGAUGGUCAGUACUGCAGCUCCUGUGAAUGAUACAACCUCAGAUCCCGUAACACUUUCAUGUAGUCCAGACUACAUGAAGGCAGUUAUUGACCGAGAAUAUCUCAUAUCAAAGUGUGGCUCUCAGUGUCAAUGGUACUUAAGUGACCCUGCCUGCAAGCCUGUGAUUACAAGACAGCAAAUUAUAUUCUAUAUUCCAUAUGAUGGCUGUGAUACAAGACGGGAGAACACUGGAAGAAUUAGCAGUUUCUCCAACAGUGUCAGAGGUUCUGGAAGUAGCAUGAAUUCCCAAUUCCACUUCACUUGCAUAAUGGAACCAAGGCGAAUGACAGAAAUAGCACACAAUGUGGAUGAGCGUGACUCCACAAAACAAGUUCAAAAGCAAAAUACACAAGUGUAUAUGAAAUGCUCCUUCUUUGACUCAGAUUCGUUUCGGCACCCAUGGAAUAACUUGAAUUACUUUAUAAAUGAGAUGCAGGACUCGUUUUUCCAAGCUACUUUCUAUAGUUUUAAUAGGAACCUGAUACUAUUUGUGGAUACAUGCGUGGCUUCUCAUAAUGCCAAUGACUUCGGUAUUGGGUCAUAUGAGGUCAUAAAGCAUGGGUGCUCAGACAGUCGUGAUACCUACACCGAUUAUUUUACUCAAAAUGGGAGGGCUACCCGCUUCAGAUUUAAACCUUCCAGGGUUUUCAGCAGAUAUCCCAGAGUUUACCUGCAAUGCAAAAUAGUGGUGUGUCGAAGAUAUGAUUAUUCCUCUCGAUGCUACCAAGGCUGCCUAUCCAGGAAUAGGAGGGAAGCAAGCUCAGAGCAAGAACAGCUGCAAGUUCUUGGCCCACUGACACUUGAUAAAAGGGUCAGAACAUGUAAUGCUGCAUCAUCACCAAAAAUGGAAGCCAUCAGAAAAUGUGUUUUCUUGACACUUUUCUUCGUUUGGACUCUUGCUGAAAACAACCUGGUUAAAUUGCAAGGAUAUAGUCAAUGUGGUGACCGACUGGUAAAGAGUUAUGGAGCACUACCAUUUUCGGCUGGCGCAAAUGAAAAUUGUACCUGGCAAAUAGAAAGAGAGACGAAUGCAAAUGACAAUAUAAAAAAUGAAACUAUCCGAUUAAUCUUCUCUUAUUUUGAACUUGAUCCUUCAUCCACAUGUGACAAUGAAACUAUUGAAGUAUAUGAUGGUCCUUCAACAGCUGCACCUCUCCUGGGGCGAGUGUGCAAUAGCCACGAUUCUGUUCCGGUAUUUCAUUCAACUUCUGGAACCCUAACAUUUCGCCUAUUAACUGACUCCACAGAUUUCACACGGAACAUAUUUGCAUUUUAUUACUACAUUACACCAGAUUUAUCUACCAUUAAAGACUGUGGAGGUUACCUUACUGGCCCAGAUGGAUCAUUCACCAGUCCCAACUACCCCAAGCCACAUCCUGAAUUUGCAUACUGUGUCUGGCAUAUAGAAACAGAACCAAAUACCAGGAUAAAUAUUACUUUCAGCGAAAUUUUUUUAGAAAUGGAUCCCGAAUGCAGGUUUGAUUUUCUUGCCAUUUAUGAUGGUGCAACUACGGACUCAGGUUUAAUCAAACAAGUGUGUGGUCGUACGGCUCCAACAUUUCAAUCUUCUUCCAAUGUCAUGACUGUCGUACUGUCAACAGACUAUGCCAAUUCAUACAGGGGCUUUUCUGCUCAUUAUACAAGUAUAGCAACAGCAGAACCCAGCAUAUCCCUCAACUGUUCUUCAGACAUGAUGACAGUGAUUCUCAGCAAAUCUUAUUUGGAUUCACUUGGCUACAAUGGAGAUGAUUUGACUCUGAAUGACCCGGCUUGUAGGCCUAUUACAUUGGACCCAGUGACAUUUAGUUUUCCACUCAACAGCUGUGGAACAAGAAAAAUGAAUGAAGAUCAUGGCAUCUCCUAUAACAACACUAUCACUGCCUCCCCCACCGGUGAAGUGAUCACCCGCCAAAACUAUCUUGAAAUUACUGUGAAGUGUAUCAUGGAAAACAAUUCCACGGUGGAAGUCUCAUAUAAUACAAAGCAUGUAGGUGGCAUUAAUGAAAGUGCCCACGGCAGAUAUGACCUCAACAUGUCCUUCUAUAAAUCUGAGUUUUUCACCACACCUGUACUUGAGUCUCCAUACCAGGUAGACUUGAAUCAAACUCUCUACGUUCAAGUAAGCCUACAUUCCUCUGAUGCCAAUCUGAUAGUGUUUGUGGAUACUUGCACAGCAAUACCGAACCCUGAUUCGGAAUCACCAAAAUAUGAUUUGGUCAGAAGUGGCUGUGCUAAAGAUAGCACUUAUGCAGCCUACCCACUUCUUGAACAUUACGGGAGGUUCAGGUUCAAUGCCUUCAAAUUCCUGAGGAGCGAGUCAUCUGUUUACCUGCGCUGUCAAGUUUUAAUUUGUGACAGCAACCAUUAUAAUUCGCGGUGCACACAAGGCUGCACCUUUCGGCAUAAGAGAGACACUUCUUCCUACAAAUGGAAAGGAGAAGUUAUGGCGGGACCUCUCCACCUGAAGCAAGAGCAUGGUCCUAUGGGCCGCUCAGAUUUGUCCAUUCCAGUUUAUCCUGAAGAAAGCCCGAAGGCACAGUCCAAGGGCAUGUACAUCCUUACAGCUGCUGUGCUGGUUAUGAAUGCUGUCUUCGUGGUUGGUUUGGCAGUAAAACAUCUCAUCAGUCGUGAAUCGGGAUACCGAUAUCAGAAAGUGCAAGGCUAUUAAUAUGGUUUUUCAAUUAGCUGUACUUUUCAUCCCUGACAUCUUUAUAAACAUGCAUUUAAAGAGUAUAUUCUUUGUGCCCUUCCCUUAAAUACUAGUUACUUAAAAUAGAUCAGUUGUAGUAUACAGGAUUACUGCAAAGAUGUUGACUAUAAGUUUAAGGAAAAUUAAACACAUUUGGAAAAGCA